AUGUGGAUGAAUGUGCGGAUCCCAGAGCCUGCCCGGAGCAUGCGACUUGCCACAACAGUCCUGGAAGCUACUAUUGUGCCUGCAAUCCAGGAUUUGUUUCUAGCAGUGGAAACAUGACAUUCCGCGGUCCAGGAGAGACGUGUGAAGAUGUGAAUGAGUGUGCGAAUUCCACCAUCUGCCCAGCUAAUGCAACCUGCACCAACACUUUGGACAGUUACUACUGCACUUGUGAACAAGGCUUCCUGUCCAGCACCAGAGAGACACGGUUCGUGGGCCCAGGAGUCGAAUGCAAAGAUAUAGAUGAGUGUUCUCAAAGUCCCCUACAAUGUGGUCUUAACUCAGUCUGCCAAAACCUGCCAGGGAGGUACGAGUGCAGCUGUUUGCCUGGUUUCUCUUCUCCUACUGGAAACAACUGGAACUCGGGAAACCCAGGUCGUUUCGUCUGUACAGACAUCAAUGAAUGCCUCUCCAGUAGAAUCUGCUCAGAGCAUUCUAAGUGUUCCAACUCCUUGCGAAGCUACAGUUGCAGCUGUCGAGAUGGGCUCUUCUCUAACAACUCCACCUCUGAAGAUGUGGAUGAAUGUGCGGAUACCAGAGUCUGCCCAGAGCAUGCAACUUGCCACAACAGUCCUGGAAGCUACUAUUGUGUGUGCAACUCAGGAUUUCUUUCCAGAAAUGGAAGCAUGAGUUCCCAGGGCCUGGGAGAGACGUGUGAAGAUGUGGAUGAAUGUGUGGAUCUCAGAGACUGCCCAGAGCAUGCGACUUGCCACAACAGUCCUGGAAGCUACUAUUGUGUCUGCAACCCAGGAUUUGUUUCUAGCAGUGGAAACAUGACAUUCCGCGGUCCAGGGGAGACGUGUGAAGAUAUUAAGACUCAAGUUAUUAACAAAGAAUGCUCUGAGGAGAGCACCGUCUUUAACUUGAAAGCCAAAGGGGAUGAGAUGAAGAUUUGGUGCUCCACAAUUAAAGAAUCCGAAUCCACAGGGACCACUGGGGUGGCAUUUGUCUCCUUUGCGGGUAUGGAGUCUGUUUUGGAUGAGAGCUUCUUCCAAGACACUCGGGCGCCCUUGGGCAACUCCAGGAGGAAGCUGAAGAUGAAUUCUCGCAUCGCUGGGGGCAUCAUGACUGGGAAGAAGAAAGAUGGCUUCUCCAACCCAGUUAUCUACACUCUGGAGAACACCGAGCCAAAGCAGAAGUUUGAGAGCCCCAUCUGCGUUUCCUGGACAACGGAUGCAAAGGGUGGUAGGUGGACGCCAUCUGGCUGCGAGAUCCUUGAAGCUUCCGAGACGCAUACUGUCUGCAGCUGUAAUCGAAUGGCGAACCUGGCCAUCAUCAUGGCUUCUUGGGAGCUCACGAUGGAGUUCUCUUUGUACAUCAUUAGCCACGUGGGCAUGAUCAUCUCACUGGUGUGUCUCGUCUUGGCCAUCGCCACCUUCCUGCUGUGCCGUAGCAUUCGCAACCACAACACCUACCUCCACCUGCACCUCUGCGUGUGCCUCUUCUUGGCCAAGAUUCUCUUCCUCACCGGUGUAGACAAGACUGACAACCAGACGGGCUGUGCCAUCAUCGCGGGCUUUCUGCACUACCUGUUCCUUGCCUGCUUCUUCUGGAUGCUGGUGGAGGCCGUGAUGCUCUUCCUUAUGGUCAGGAACCUGAAGGUGGUGAAUUACUUCAGCUCUCGCAACAUCAAGAUGACAUACCUCUGUGUCUUUGGCUACGGGCUCCCGGCGGUAGUGGUGGCUGUCUCCGCCGGCGUGAAACCACAGGGCUAUGGGAUGUAUAAUCGCUGCUGGCUGAAUACGGAGACGGGGUUCAUUUGGAGUUUCCUGGGGCCAGUUUGCACAAUCAUAGUGAUCAAUUCCAUCCUCUUCACUUUGACACUUCGGAGCCUGAGGCAGAAGCUUUCCAGCGUCAAUGCCGAAGUCUCAACGCUCAAAGACACCAGGUGCAAACCACAUUUCUGUUCGACCGUAUUUUGGGGCCCCCCACCUGAUGAUUACCAAGCCAAACCCUCAGGACACAGUAAGAUUUUACCAUUUUUGUAG